AUGGACCGGUGGGUGCGGGUCGCGCUGACCGCCGCUCCUUGCAAGGCCCGGCGCUCGAUGGUGGCGGCGUGCCUGCUGGCCUUGCUCCUGUCCUUGGGCCUGCCUCAGGUGCGGACCAGCAACAGGACCGGGAAGCAAGUCGGUCUGACAUGUCAUGUUUGCGAGACGGAGAAUGACUUCGCCUGCAAGAACGAGGUGGUCUGUCACGAAUCUGAGGAGUACUGCAAUUUCGUGGCCGCAAAAGUAUUCCCACGCGUCUACUACAUUUCGAAGCAGUGCUCCAAGAUCUGCCCGUAUAUCUGGCCAGUUGAAAAUACCCAGCCCAAGUCCUUAGUCGAGAAGCCCCUGCCCUUCUUCUAUGUGAACUGCUGCAAGAGCUCCUUGUGCAACCUCAACGGACCCACCCUCAGCGAAGACGUGUUCCGAGAACAGGCUGGGAGGGCCAGCGUGAGCAGCCACGGCCAGGCCAUUCUGACCAUCCUCGUGGCCAGCGCCACCACCUUCACUGGCCUUAGCUUGCUGUAG